AUGUCAUCAGAAGGUCAUCUACCAACGAUUCCCAUCCUAGAGGAUAGCCCGCUAUCGUUUAUCCCAACCUCAGAGUCAGUGGCUGCUGAAGAAAAUAGGGCACUGCGCCUUCGCAUAGCAAGUGGAAAUUCCAAUGUCCCAAUACGUUACCCAAAUACUCCACUUGGAUACCCCACCAUCUCAGCUCACUUUGCCGGAACACCUUCUAAGGGCCACCCCCAGGUGAUUUCGGGAGUGGGCACUAACAUAUUCACCGCACCACCAACCUCGACCACAGCGCAACCCACUUUGUCCAGGCCAAGCUUUGAUACAUCAUCCUUCACUUUCCAAGUACCAUCUUUUCCACCAGACCCUACCCAUUUCGCCACCAAUUCUUACCCUCAACAACCCUGGUAUGAGUUUAUUGUAGGACAAGAGAAGGCUACAAAAAACCCUGAGCAAGAGGAAAUCACUCGAAAAAUGAGGAGCAUGGAACAAAGCCUCAAGAAUAUACAAGGCUUGAAAGGCCAAAAGAGCGUAUCCUACGCUGAUCUAUGCAUGUUCCCACAUGUUCACCUGCCUCUUGGUUUUAAGACCCCCAAAUUCGAAAAGUAUGACGGGCAUGGGGACCCUAUAGCCCAUCUCAAGAGGUAUUCCAAUCAACUGAGAGGGGCAGGUGGAAAAAAAGAGCUUUUAAUGGCUUAUUUCGGAGAGAGUCUAGUGGGUAUUGCAUCCGAGUGGCAAUUUCAGUACAAUAUCGACAUAGCUCCCGACAGUAACUCCCUGUCAAAUCUCAAAAAGAAGUCAUCGGAAAGUUUUCGAGAAUAUGCUGUUAAAUGGCGCGAACAAGCGGCCAGAAUCAAGCCCCCAAUGGAUGAAACUGAAAUGGUCAGUAUUUUUCUACAAGCCCAAGUGGCUGACUACUUUCAAAAUAUGAUGUCUACAAUGGGAAAGUCAUUUGUUGAGGCUAUCAAGAUUGGUGAGAUGGUCGAAAAUGGUCUGAAAAUAGGUCACAUAUUGAGCCAAUCUUCCAUAAGAGUUAUGUCCCAAGCAAUCCAAAGCGGGUCAGGUGGUGUAGAAAACAAAAAGAAGAAAGAAGAGGUGGCGAUUGAGGCUUCAAGUCUGAGAAACCCCCAUCCACCCAGAGGUCACUUCCAUCCAAGCACCCCACAACAUUAUUAUCCUCAUCGGGAUGUGGCCUAUGCUAUGUUUCCUCAGCCUCCAAAUGGGUUUGUUGCAACCCGAACCCCCAACAGACAAAACCCAGAGUCACCUUCCUACCGACUCAGUACCCGAUGUGCUUAUCAUUCUGGGGUGGAAGGGCACGACACUGAGGAUUGUUGGACUCUCAAAAGGGCAAUCGAAAACUUAAUAGAGCAACAAAGGGUAGUGUUGAAAGAUAAAGAGAUCCCCGACGUGACCAACAACCCAUUGCCGGCUCACAACAACGGGCCAGUUAUUGGGAUGAUUUGUGAAGAUAACGAAUUUGACCCAGCUCUAAAAGCAUCAUUGCCAUCGCCGAUGUGGAAAGGAAGCCAAAGGCUGCCGCAAAGCAAGAUUAGGGGGAGAAGAAGAGUAAUUUCGCUCCUUGAAGUGAAGAAAAGACUGUGGAAACCAAAACAGGGGCAGUACCCUCUAAAGACACCAUUCUUUAUGUUCCCUGAGCUCACAGGAAAGAACAAUUGGCGUUGA